AUGCCGCAUGACGACGGCAUUAGAGUGGCAGCAAUUCCAGACAACGACCAAGCACAAGAGGCAAUAUCGCCGCCAGCUUACGACUUAGGGAGCCAAGCAGACGAAGAUCUUGCUCGACACUUGACUACCGAAUCUGUCUUGUCCGAAGAUUUUGGGAGACAUGCCCACGAACCAACAGGGCAGGACGAGGACGUCCCUGGCAAUUGGAGACCAAGCAAAUAUGCCGAGCUAUUGGGAAAGCCUCCGGAGGCCUCUUUGGGUGGACAAGCGCCCAAAUCCAAGAAGGGUGGAUUAUUAGGCAAGACCAGAGGCAUGUUCGUCAAGUCCGAGACGCUCUCUUCCCCCGGCAACAGGCUACCCAGCAUUGAAGCAUGGCUUGACGAGCAACCCGAUCCCUUUGUCGAAAAGGACGACUUAGAAGAGCAGCCACCAGUCGAAGUGCCCCAGCCGUUGAAGAAACGUACGCACCGGAAGAGAUCCUCUACCGAGAAAUCUAUCACCCCCGAUCCCAAUCAGAUAUGGAAUUCCAUUUCACCUCAGCAGGCUGAAUCAAGCCCCAAUCAUACUCCAAGGCCUGGUUAUUCUGUACCCUCGCCCAACGCAAACCAAAAGUCCUCUGCAAACUUUAGCAAUGGUGCAAAUGAGGCACAAGAUGGAAAUGAUGGCUCGCCCUCAAGCCUACGAAGGCGAGGUGCGAAAGUUCGCCGCCAGCGAGGCUCGAGCAGGAAAGAGAUGCCCUCGGCUGAAGCCUCCCCAGAACCCACAGUGUCACGGGCAGACACUUCUCUGGCUGAGAACGCGGAUAUCAGAGCUCCUAGCCUACCUCAACGACCGUGUCCCCCUACGGGCCCGCACCUACUUUCAACGAUUCAGUCUGUGGAGACUCUCAAAGAAAUCGAUCCAAAGCCUCAGGCUGAUGAAGGGACCCCCGGACAAGUUUGCGACCUCAAACGCAGGCUAACCACCCACGAAGAUUUGAUGUCAGUUCUGUCUUUGCCGAGAGGCAGCCGACCCCGUCGAUCGAGACGCAGAGCGAGACCUACCCAGGUGAAACCUCAGUCAAGCUCAGCGCAAGAAAUACUCGCCGGGGUGGUGGCUGACGAAGAAAAUUAUUCACGGGAAUUGCGAACCUUGGUCGACGGUGUCAUUCCAGUGUUGCUCCAGUGUCUUCUGUCUAAAACAGACGCGGCGGCUGCGGCUGGACUGUUCACUUCGGCAUCGCCCCAAGAUGGCCAGAGCAUCACCAGACCCAUCAUUGAUAUGGGGAUCGCCCUGGAAAGAUUGAAGGCCCUGCAUAAUCGAAUGCCUUCCCAGGAUCUGGACAGUCUCCUCAACUGGGCUCAAACAACGGAGAAAGCAUACAAAGACUACCUACAAGCGUGGAGACUCGGCUUCCAAGACGUGGUUGUCAACCUUGCACCACUGGAAAAUUCAUCAGCCCUAGAGCAAGGCAUGGCCAGAGACGAGGCUGGCGAUAUAGUAGACGCUGCAGGCAAGAAGGUCGACGUCGCCUAUCUCCUGAAGAGACCGCUUGUGAGAGUCAAGGCUCUAAGCAAGACUUUUGCCCGAAUCAAGGAUGAAUACGACGUGCCUCUUGCCGUACAGAUGGCAAACACUUACGCUGAGCUGACAGCAUUUGCUAAGAGACGGAACCAAGAAGAACAAGCUAGACUGGAAGAUGAGGCUGCUGCCAACAUUGAUGCAACAAGAGCGCGCGAUAUUAGGACAAUGGCAGCAUCAGCUCACAUCACGGUCGACAAAACUCGCCGUGUCAGGGCAAGAGACGUUUUCAACCUCACAAUCUAUCACUCUAGUGGACAAAGGAUGGAUUGUAGCGUCGAACUGGUCUUUCGAGACAACGCCCGUGGUGAUCCAACUGGUGGAGAUGUCCUGGUCUGUGAAAUCGACGACACAGGGAAGUGGCUUCUCUUUGCUCCCUUGGAGCUGAGCUCGGUAUCAGCAAGACGUGGCGAGGACGGAUUCGAUCUCGUCAUCAUGAUUCGGGGUCGGGCAGGUCUUGGACAGGAAUGGCACGAAUUGUUGGCCUUGAAGACGGACGAUAAAGAGGCCGUGGCAGAAUGGAUGGAUAUGCUUGGUUCAAAGCCGCUGCCCCCAAGGUUGAACCGUACACCAAGUUUUGUGAGACGUCCUUCACCUCUGGCCACUACAACUACCGCUGAGGCCGAGUCUUCCUCAUCCAAAACCGCGAGUCAGCCAGUCGAUGAAAGCCCUGCAACUGCGACCGAAUAUCUGGACAUACCUAUUGGCGAGCCUUCUGUCCUGGGGGCAAGGAAUGACUCGAGUCGGCCCAAGCCUCCGAAUGAUCGACCAUCACCACGGUUGAACCUGGGGGGUGGACUCGCGUCGAAACCUCUUCCCCCUCCCCAGUUCCAGCAAUCCUCGACGGUUCCGCGACGACGCCCAGUGUCGGUCCCAUCAGUCGUGUCUUCCGAUCGAUCGACCAUUUCAGACCGUUCCAUACGGGAUUAUGCCACCAUAUUCACCUCGUCGUCAUUGUCGUCGUCGUCGUCGUCGUCUAAGACUACGGUGACUAACCCUAGUGACGUGUCUCAUGGCAAAAAUCCUGAAGCAUUGCGAUCCCGUCUGCCCCCAGCUCAUAAGGCCUCCGACGAAGCGAAAACCCAGGUUGAGAGCCACAAAGAUGCUGUCUUAACAAAGCCCAGCCAACCAGUCAAUGUCAGGAAUGAUUACAAUAGUCCUCCGAUAUUAGACCAGACACAGAAAUCAAGAGCAAGCGCAACAGAGCCUCCCAUACUGGAGUCACAGACGGCUAACACUGAUUUCAACUCAUCCAAGCCCUCCCCCAAACCAUCACCGCAGAGACCAGAAUAUCAUCGAGGUGUUUCCUCUACCCCAUCAAAAGACCUACCAACCGUCAACAAGCUUCGGACCCUUCAAGCCCACGAGAGUCCGGCGUUGUCCCUGCCAGAGAGACAAUCCUCAGGGACACAGCAAACAACUCCUGUGCUUGAGCAGUUGCAGCAACGGUCAAAACGGGAUCAAAAGAGUUCAACCAAGAGCCAACUAUACACCGAAGAUAUACCAAGUCCGCCAGAGCACAAAACGCGUCAAGAUCGCCCCUCUGUCCCCGGCUUAGGAUCUUCGUCCCCGCCAGCCACACCGCCUCACAAUUCCAGGAUUCUGCAGCCGAUAUCUAGCAAUAGACCCAGCCCUGUAUUGAAAGCCACCCCGAGUCCAGCAGGCAAGGCGGUAAGACGGCGGACAUCCUCGCCCUUGAAGCAUGAAUAUGAACCUUCCACGGACUCCGACAGCUCAGGCUACAAUUCGGAUAGCGACAGUAGUUCGUCUUCUGACACUUCAGACGACUUCGUGUCGGAGCAUGGGGACAGACCAACACCACUUGUGGCCAUCAAGCCAGCGGAGGGUCGAAUAUCAAAACAAUAUAUACCCCCGCCUUCAAUCAAAUCUACCGGAACCCGAACACUGGCUCCUUCAGACUCUGCUUCCCAGGGACCUUACCGCAAGGUUCCCGCAUCGACCACAAUCCCAGCGAACAAGAAGGCGAGAACAAUUGCUCUGAUAUGCUCGUGGUCGGACAAGGGUAUGUGGGAGCAGAUUUAUCCCGACGAGUGCUCUAUUGUAAUCUCACCCGGUUUGAUCGAAGCCUUUGAGAUGUCAGCGGCCCAUUCUGAUCCUCAGAACUCCUCGACCAGUCCCUCAUUUGACGACCAUGGGCCAGGAAAGCACUCCAUCUCUCAGCAGCCCUUGGUAGCUUUCGAAUUAACGCCCAUUGUUCCGCUGCGCAGGGGCACUGCACUGGACAUCUCCAUACGGUCUCCCCCUACAGCAAACUCCAAGAUCAGAACAACCAAUAAUGUUAUGUUCCGUUCGCGGAACCCCGAAGAAUGUGAAGCAUUGUAUGGAAUGAUCAACUGGGCUCGGUGCAAUAACCCAACGUAUAUCCAGCUGCAAAAUGCACGGCCUCGUCGCCAACCUUCAGUGACUUUCAAUGUCGGACAAGCUCAACAUAGUCGGUCGAGGGCGAGUUCAUGGUUUAGUUUCGGGAGUCAGAAGAAAUCGAGUUACCGGGCUUCAUCCGCUCCAACACCCGCCUCGAUCGACAUGUCAGUGGAGAGCUCGGGGACGAUGACAAGCGCCUUCUCAGCGCUGAAGAGACUCGGCGUUAGUUCCGCCUUCAAUCUCAAUCGAUCUUCGGUUAUUCGCAGAUAUGGUGGAGGUGGCACAGGGAAAGAUGGACCGAAUGUCCCAUCGACCAGUGCAGCUGCAGCAGAAGGGGGAGGCAUGGUCAACAAUAUGAAAAUCCGACUCUAUGUCAGAAAGGGACAGCAUUGGGAAAACCUGGGAGCCGCUCGUCUCACAGUUCUUCCAGCACCAUCAUCCGCCGCGGCAGAAAGCGGCCAAUCGACUCCAAAUCGAACCGUAACUCCAGGGGCAUCUCCCCAAGCAAUAGCCGGUCCUCCUCGAUCUCCGUCAAACAUUGCAGGCGCAGGCCAAGCAGGACAAAGCCGUGGGCCUCGCCUCCCGAGCUCGAGCCAUACUCCCCAUCGCGUGCACGGCAAUGGUCGCGAGAAGCGUAUUCUCAUCACUCAGAACAAGAACCGCGACGUUGUGCUGUUGGACAGUGUGUUGGGUGAAAGCUGCUUCGAACGCGUCAUGCAGACAGGCAUUGCGAUGAAGACCUGGAGCGAGGACGAGGUCAUUGCUGAGACGGGCGGCGUGACCAUGGGUAAGGAACGGGUGUACAUGAUGCAAUUCCCAGGUACGAGGGAGGCAGGCUGGGUCUUUGGUCUGUGUGGCACGUAUCGGUACGGCGCGGGAGGGAUGGAAUAA